AUGAAUCGACGGGGUGUGCAAUUUGUGAAGAAAUUUAUCAACCGAAACCCCCUCAAUCAUCAACUUUGCGGAUUGCAACCGGCGCCAAAGGGCUUUGAAUUUGAGACGAACGCGGAAAAAAAGAAUUUCCUUUACAAAGCCGAGUUAACACAACGUGGAACACACCAAGAAGCGACGAUCACGCAUUUCAAAGAUGGAAUCGUUUUGCGGGCAUCAACUAAGGAUCGUUCAAUUGCCAAUCAACUCUAUAGUACUUCGGAUACGGCUGCUGCGUUAAAUUUGGGACAGGUUUUGGCAAUGAAAGCUCUUCAGUCCGGGAUUCUACGAGUAGCUUCGGGGAAAACGAAGAAGGGAGAAAAUAGCAAACAUCAAGAAGCGUUCUAUGAUGCCUUGGAGAAAAGUGGCUUGGUUUUGGGAGAGAUCAAAGUGCCCGAGAUUGAUUACGCGUUGAAUCGAAAGAUGACUUGGGAAAGACAUGCCCUUCAUCCCAAUCGAUACGAUAAAAUUGACGACGAUGAUGCGGCUAAAGAGAAGAAAAAUUUGUCGUUU